AUGUAUUUGAAUUUAAAUGGAUAUGGCUAUAUAUAAAAGAUGACUCAUGUCAAGUAGCUAUUUUCAAAAAGAAUUAAUUGUUUAGGAUUAUUGUAAAGUGGAUAUAUAAUUGUUAGAGCAAAAGAUGGUUUGAUAACAAAAGUGUCUUUUCAAACAAUAUAAAUUGUAGCAAGUUGUGAAUUACUUGGAGGUGUGAAAUCUAGAUCAUUUACAAAUGAUUAGACUCAUUUUUUCACAGGAUCAAUUCAAAGUAGCAUAUAUUUGUUGGACACUGAGAAAUUAAUACCAGAAUUAAGAAAUACCUGUCAUUAGGAAAGGAUUAAUGAUGUUGCUUUUCUUCAUAGUUAUUCUGAUGUAUUUGCUACUAGUUCUUUAAAUGAUAUCAGAGUUUGGAAUGCUAAGAAUAGGUAGAAUCGCUUAGAAUAUAAGUUCCAAAUCUAUAAUGUUGGGCAAAUGUCAAUAUGAA